CCUGUUCCACCACUGGCUUAGAAGCAAGCCAUAUCUCGCGGGAGUAGUACAAAGCCUCUGGGCGUUGCAAAGUCGUACACUCAGCUACACAGACUUCAACCUUGGUGUGGACAAGCUUGCUCCUAGUUACGGGUACACACGACGCAAACAGACGAAUCGUGCUUCCAAUGUUGCCUGCUCGCCGGCAAUAGCACUCGAACUUGCAUCAAUCAGACCGAAUGAUCUCAAUUAACUCCUUGGCCCCUUCGCCGUCAGGCGCCCAUGCACGUAUGAGCACCAGCUCAUCUCCCCCGCCCUCCAUGUCCUCCGCCAGCGACUCACCUCUCACAACACCCAACUUCGAUUCGUAUGUCUUCUCUGCUUCCGACUCACAAUCAGACGGCCGACGGGACUCACGCACAAGUCCUGAUGAUAUCGUACCCAAAGUUGAGGAGGCAGAGCUCGAACUAGCAGAUGUCAAGGAAGAGACUGACGAUCCUCCUAUCUCCCCAACAGAGCCUGUACGGAUACGUCGUGCUCGUGGCCGACCCCGGAUUCAUCCGCCCCGCUCACCCACAACUCUUUCAAAACAGGCAAAGGCGCGUUCGAAAACUGGUUGCACGACAUGUCGAAAACGAAAGAAGAAGUGUGACGAGACUAGACCCUUUUGUCUAUCGUGUCAAAAGAACAACAUACACUGCGAGGGCUACAAACCACUUGAGAUAUGGAAGAGUGGCAAGCAGAAAGCAGCCGAAGCACGGAAGCAAAGCGACGACAUGAAGUUCGAUCUUCCACCUUUGAUGGAAGGCGUCGAGAACGAUCUCGACCGUUCGCUCUUGCAACAUUUUGCCAACCGAGCAAGCGCAGUCCUCACCUUACAUGGCGACAAAGCAACAAACCCCUUCACCAAGAUCUUAUUACCGAUGGCGCUCGAGCAUGAAGGCUUGAUGCACUCGGUUCUGUGCUUAUCUGCCUCGCACAUGUAUUCAAUCAACCCAUCGCAAGAUUACGAAGAUCGUCAGGCAUUCCAUCGUGGAAAGGCGCUGCAGCUCUUGAAGCACGAUCUUGAGCGCCAGAAAGCCGGCGAGGGUGGAGUGAUGGUCUACAAAGACUCUAACGUUGCUCAGAUACUCCUGCAUCUUCUUCAUUCGAUCUGCGAUGGCAACACGUCUGGCGAGUACAGAAUGCACAUGGUCGCAGCGAAACAGAUUGCGAUGAGUCAAAAGUCUGCCAAUCCCGAGUUCCAGUCGCUCUUCGACGAGUUCUUCUACUACCACUGGAUUGCAAGUCAGAUCACCUCUAUGGACGGCGCCGAUAUGCCCAUAAUGGACGACUUCAAUCUGCCGUUCAAGAUCAACCCUGAGACUGCUGGUCUUAUUGGUGUGUCCGACGGUCUAUUCGGGUUCAUCUCCAAGAUAAGCAACCUAAGACGGCGCUUGCGGUCGCGCAUUGACGGCAACCUCGAACCAACGAUGGACUACGAAGCGUUGCUCGCUGCACAUGCAAUCGACACAGGCUUGCGUGGGUGGGUCUGCCCGCAAACACCUGAAACCCCGCGAUAUACUAUCUCAAUGCUCUAUCGCCAGGCCACGUGGGUCUAUCUCUAUCGCACAACAAAGAGUUCGCAUCCACAUUCAUACAUCAAGAGUGCCGUGGACGAUGGCAUUCGAUACAUCAACGAGCUGCCUGCAGAGGGUUGGAUUCAGAGCAACGUUCUUCUGCCGCUGUUCCUCAUUGGCUGCGCAGCAUUCGAAGAAGAGCAGCGCAUCGAAAUUGACCGAGCCUUCUCGGGUCUGAUCGCCUGUACAGGACUCGGUAAUAUUGGAUUCGCCAAAGAAGUCGUCGAUGACAUCUGGAAGCUCAUGGACGCUGGCGACCCGGAGUCAUGGGACUGGGAAAAGAUUAUUCACCAAAAAGGAUGGGACUUCCUUGCUACGUAAGACGGGCUUACACGCCACAUUUAUCCUUCUCACUUCGCUUCUCCAUUAUUGCAUUAUCACGAUUACUUCCACGGAGGAAAAAGGCGUAU